CCCCCCCAGGAAACAAGACUAAAUAACUUCUGUCAUUUCCUUAUAUAGAAAAUCCAUAUUGAUUUAAGAAUUUUUAGAUAUUUGUACUUGAAAUAAGAAAAAAUACUCAGUAAGAAAAGCAUUUUUGCAACGUGAAUGAACGAAUGAAGUAUUUAAACAUCUCCUGGGCUUUAAAAAGGAUGAGGAAACCGAAAGAAACUCUGGGUUUACCGAAGAAAACCUGCUCCUGACCAGGUUAGUUUCACAGAGUAAAGAGUGAGUUACCAUGGUAACUGACUCUGAGUAUAUAAGUUAUCUCCUUUUUAGAAACGGGCUUGACUUACCCUGUUUUCUCCGGUUGACAUACCUCCCAUUCUGAAACGGAAAACCCAGAGUAUCCUAAUUUCAGGGUUAACUUACUCAGAGUUCUCACUUAACCUCCUUUCUGAUAUGGGCCCCAGUCCAGCGGUAUCUUAUGAUUUUACACAGUAUGCACUCGUUUAGUUAGAGGGGCGGGCCUUUACAGUAUUGGCCAAUAGGCAUUGAGAAUAUUCCAACAAUGGGUGGGUCCUAGAAGUUUUGAGCCAACCAUUGGUUUAGAGUGGUUGAUAGGCAUUUCAAUUGGCCAGUCUUGACAUAGUUAUGACUCACAUACACGAGGCAUGCAUAGGUGUGUAUUUUAUUAUAUGAAUUUAUUUUGGAAAUAUUUGCUGUUUGGUUGACUAUGACAAACAAAUCUUUCAAAACAUUUAAUUGUAUAAAAUAGUAUCAAACCUGUUCUUUAUGUACUUGUUGCUCUCAACCGUCCGUUGUUUUAUAUAUGUAUUGUAUUGUCUGAAUAUAAAAAGGCGUGUAAGUUACCUGGGGAAAAUUUGUCCAGAUGUCAGCGUCAUUUCAUAUAAGAACUGGAUAUUUUCUACCGGCUUCCAAAUGACGUCCAGCUCCCUAAUAAGGCCCAAUAUAAAAACAAACACAUAUUAAUAGUAACGUUAUAUUUUUUUCGAUUGCUUUCUUGGCUCUAAUGCUUUUUAUUUACUUUAGCCUAUUUUUACAAUACAUAAAACAACAACAGCUAAACAAACAAAUAUUUCAGUAAGUUUUAGUUGAUCUGUAAAACUCGUAUAGCCUAUGUAUCACAGUUAUUAUGGAAUAUUAACAAGUCUCUUAGUAAAACCCUCUCUAAUUGGUCAAGAACUCAUGGCGUCAUAGUCCAUAUCCUCCAAUCAGUCUGUCUAAUUCUAGGACGUGUUAUACAGGGUGCUAAAAGCUCCGCUGAUAAUGGCCAAAUAUACCUGACCAGAACAGCUGUCAUAGAGAUUUUUAACCAUAUUUAUUCUCGUCGUUAUUAUAUUAGCUACAUCCAGUGUCGUGUCCAUCAGCGGUUGAUUUGUUGGGAUCGUUUGACCGGACAGGAUCAUCUGAAGCGAGGAGCCGUCCUGGGCGUGUUUGCUGUAAGGUUAUGCGUGGACAACAGUGCCACAACACACACAAGCUAAGAUCAGUGUAUUUUCUGUGCAUGGCCCUUGGUGUGGGAGCACCAUGAGCGGGGAGCCUGAUGCCUUGGCUGUGGUGAAUCAGCUGAGGGACUUAGCUGCUGACCCCCUCAACAGGCGAGCUAUUGUUGAAGAUCAAGGCUGCUUGCCAGGCCUCAUUCUCUUCCUCGACCACCCCAAUCCACAAGUCGUCUACUCUGCGCUAUUGGCGGUGCGCUACCUGGCAGAAUGCCGCGCCAACAGGGAGAAGAUGAAGGGCGAGCUGGGAAUGAUGCUGAGCCUGCAGAACGUCAUGCAGAAGGGCACGUCGCCAGGCGAGACAAAGCUACUAGCCUCUGAGAUCUAUGAGAUCCUGCAGAACUCCAGCAGCACGGAGGCUGAACAGGCGGAAGCGGGCGCCUCGUGCCGAAGAAAAGCCCAGUUUUUCCUGGGCUCCACGAACAAACGGGCCAAAACAGUGGUGCUUCAGAUCGACGGGCUUGAUGAUUCGACUCGGAGGAGUCUUUGUGAAGAGGCACUGCUAAAGAUCAAAGGAGUCAUCAGCUUUACCUUCCAGAUGGCUGUGAAGAGAUGUGUGGUGAGGAUCCGUUCGGACCUGAAGGCCGAGGCCUUGGGAACUGCUAUAGCUUCAACCAAAGUCAUGAAGGCACAGCAGGUAGUGAAGAGGGAAGACGGAUCGGAGCUUGUAAUCCCAUUCCAAGAGGACUCGGAUGUGGUGGUCGAGCAGAACGUAAAUUUGCCGGAUUAUUUGCCUGAGGACGAGAGCCCGUCUCAGGAGCAGCACAAGGCUGUGACGCGACUGGGCUCCGUGCAAGAUGGCGUGAGCUGGCUAAGCACGGCCGCCAACUUCCUGUCCCGCUCAUUUUACUGGUGACCCGACGACUCCCCGCAUGCCCCACCUCUUUACAGCCUGCCCUCGACACGCCAGACUGCCGAGCGCAUCUCGCAAUAAACUUAUAACUGUGUUCCAACUUUUAAAAAAAUGCCACGACAGGCGGCUGUAAAUGGUACGCGAUCCAACCUGCUCCCAAACUCACAUUAACGCUGCAUACGCACUACACGAGACACUAAAACCUGAGAGCAACCGGGAGAAGUUCACAGAAAGAGUUUUGUGUGUAUCUGCUCUCUCUUACUCACCUUUGUUUUUGUUUUGUUUUUUGUUUUUUGGUUGGGAGAAAGUUUUUAAACGAUUUGCCCCAGAUACUCCUUGUGGGUUUGUGUCUGUUGAGACUAAACAACACCCCGGGGUUUCGCCGGGUGGGUCGUACCUUUUGCAGUUUUCUACAUUUCUAUGAAUUUGGGUGUUUUCUGAUGUGUUCUAACCCUUCAUCUCAGCUUUCUUGUACAUUUUUAAACAACUUUUUUUGUUUUCAAUUAUUUGAGAAUCAUAAUGUUACUAUUCAUCAGCACUUUUCAAAGCAUGCCUUUUUUUGAACCCUUUUCCUUCUGUGUGUGCCUUUGCUACAUAGCUUGUUGAUGCGAUUCAUUUUCACGGUUUUAAAUCCUCUUUAUUUGCUUCGACUGAACUUCUAAAGCUUUCUCAAGAUGCGAUUUUUAGGUUUGAAAUGUGUAGUGAUGGUUCCGAUUUCACAUGAU